AAUACAUUUGUAUGUUUAUAUUUCUGCGCUACAUAUGAAUGCGAGUUCAGCGUCUUUUAUUCCGUCUCGCAAUUUGUUGGAAAUAAAAAAGUUAAACGUAACGAAAGAGCAUGUAGUUGGGGUUGGCACUGUCAUCUUUAGCUAUUAUGUCAUACUGUGACUGUCACAGUAGUCAGCGUCUACAGUGAAAAUGGGAACGUCAGGCCAAGCUCCUACUGUAGCUACUGAAACUCUGGUUCAGACCGUGGAGCGUCUAAACCGACAGUGCAUACGACGGGCAGAAAUAGUGGCUGGCGAAACAUUGGAGCAAGAGUUGCGAUGGAAGGCGAGCGAAGCAGAGAGCCAGCUGGGUUGGAUGGACUACCCGAGCUAUAUAGCGUUCUACGAGGAGAGGUGGUUUCUCUUACAACAUAUGGUGUUUUUGUAAAGAUUCCAGGCUACAGAAAGCAUGGCCUAGUCCAUAAGAAUGACAUGUCUGCCACCCGGGUGGAGAAUCCUUCUGAAAUUGUUGAUGUUGGUGAGCAAGUGUGGAUUAAAGUCAUAGGCAGAGAGAUUAAUGAUGAAAAAAUCAAGCUGGCUUUUUCCAUGAAAGCUGUUAAUCAAGGCACCGGGCGCGACCUGGAUCCCAACAACGUGAUGGCUGAGCAGGAUGCACGCAGGCGAAGGCAGUUCCGGGAUCACACAAGUCAAAGGAUCACUCUAGAGGCCGUGCUCAAUACUACCUGUAAGAAGUGUGGAUGCACAGGUCACUUUGCGAAGGACUGUUUCUCACAGCCAGGGGAGAAACAGUACAGUCUGGUGCCAGAAGAGGAGGAGGAACCAACCAGCCAACCUAUCCAAUCAGAGCCUCAGAAAAGAAAGAAGGAAAAGAAAGCCAAGAAAGAGAAGAAAAAGAAAGAGAGAAAGCGGGAGAACUCAUCUUCCGACAGCGGUGAUGACGCCAAAAGAUCGAGACACUCCCAUACGCACUCGGAAAAGAAGAAGAAGCACAAGAAGCACAAGCACAAGACUCACAAAUGAACUCUGGAGCUCGGGUCACGGAGUACACACGGCCAGAUGUACAAGUCAUUUGUGUGUAUCCGUGAGUGUGCGCGCUCUUGAGAGGGAAACGUACAUACAAAAGGACCUUCAGUCUCAAACAAAUGUAUGUCUGUACUGAUCUUAGAGCGGUCAGCUUUCCUGCUUGUGUCUGAAAAGCUGAUCAUUUUAUUGUCAAUUCCAAAUUGUCGCAGAGGAGAAAAACAAAUUAUGUAAAUAAAAAUAUUGAAGCGCGA